GAUUGUGGUCAGCCACCUGAACGUUCAUUCGCAGUGAUGUCCAGUACACCGUCAAACACCCAUUACCAAAAUAACAAAUAUCAGGUGACAUACGAAUGCAUAGAUGGUUACACAGUCAAGAGUGGUCGGGUGAAAGGCUACUGCUCUACAUAUGGCACCUGGACAGCGUCAUUUGUCUGCACAGCCGAUGACAACCUCUCCCACAACAAACCUGUUUCUCUGGCUGGCAGCGACGCCACGGACGUCUCCCCACUGACGGACGGAAACAUGGCUUCGUGUUCCAUCAUACCGGGUGUUACCGAAGCAACUUUCGUCAUUGAUCUCGGCAAAGAUACGGAAGUGAGCGAUGUCUCCAUCACACUUAACGACGUGGUGGCACUGAAGACACCCUAUAUGAACGUGACCGUGUGGCGUGAUGGUUACCCUGCUUCGUCCUGUUACGCAGGCAGAUGGUAUCUCUACAGUUGGUACACGAUCAAUAUAGCCUGUUCCUACUUCCCUGUGGGCAGAUACGUCAGCGUGCACAUCUACUACAGCAACGUCGCCUCGCUAGAAAUUUGUGAGAUUAUGGUUCAUGGGAGGCCGUACACCGAGGCUCUUGAGUGUCAACGCAGAGGGUGGAGUUCUCAAGACUAUAAAGGAAACAUGAACAUGACAGUAGCAGGUAUCCCUUGUCAAAGAUGGGAUUCCCAGAGCCCGCAUGCGCACUCCCAUACGAACAUAUCAAAUUUCCCGGAUGAUAACCUUCAGGAUGCUGCCAACUACUGCAGGAACCCCGACAGAAAAAGUGGGCAAUGGUGCUUCACCAACGACCCGGAUGUUGAGUGGCAGUAUUGCCCUAUCAGAGUCUGCGAUGACAUGUGUUUGCUGGGUGACAAGGGUUCUACAUACACAGGAUCAAUGCAGAAAACAUCCUCUGGUGCCAGCUGUGUUACGUGGAGUGAGGCAGACACGCCCUUCAAGAAGACGAGUCAUUUCAGGAGCUGGUGGCCAUGGUCAAGGAAGCAUUACUGUCGCAACCCAGUACAUUCACAGAGUCGCCCUUGGUGCUAUACCUCCACGGACGGUAGUCAGUAUGGCCUUUGUGACAUCCCAAUAACGUGCCCUACGUCCUCCGAGGUGACGCGAGGUCGAUGGGUCUUAGGUGCUGACCAGACUGUUGAUGAACUCCUACCGUCCACUGAAUGCCUUGUGUGGAACAACCUGUUCACAUCUGACGGUGUCUUCAGUGGCAGCCCCUAUUCAGUUUCUACUCCUGUAUCUUUUGUGGGCAACUUCGCGGCAGAAGAUGUUUGCGUUGUAGAGAAGGUGUUCAAUACAUCCAUUCUGUGCUACAAUGUCACCGAAUCGGGAACAGUUUGGAAGGCUGGUGUUCUGGAGUGUGUGAACUGCGGAUCUCCCCCAAGAGUAGAUAACUCUAACGUCUCCAUCUCAUCUAGUCUCCUCGACGGAAAUGCCACAUACACAUGCGUAACAGGAUAUAGGCACGCUUCCGGUUCAAGUGAAGUCACGUGUCUCAAAUCAGGCCUUUGGGAAGUUCCUGAUGUCGUUUGUAAAGUUAACUGUGGCGACCCGCCUUCAAAUAAUAGGACCGAGUUCUCGAGUACCAAUGGGUUCGUCAACGAGACCGUUGAAUACACGUGUAAGCCUGGGUAUGCACACGUUUCAGGAUCAACCGUCAUCACCUGCCUCGAUACAGGGACAUGGGAGGAACCAACGAUAACUUGUGAAGUCGACUGUGGAGAUCCCUCGCCAGUAGACCACGCAGACAUCUACGUCAACUCAACAUGGCUGGGUCAGACCGUCAAUUACUCCUGCCAUGAUGGCUAUGCGCAUACGUCAGGGUCUGAUCAGGUCACGUGUCUAGACACGGUCGACUGUGGAGAUCCCUCGCCAGUAGAUCACGCAGACAUCUACGUCAACUUAACAUGGCUGGGUCAGACCGUCAAUUACUCCUGCCAUGAUGGCUAUGCGCAUACGUCAGGGUCUGAUCAGGUCACGUGUCUAGACACGGGCAAUUGGGAUGUCGCAGAUAUGACAUGUGAAGUGGACUGUGGAAACCCCCCUCCGGUCCUCAACGCAGGGGUAACCGUUUCCGGCACGUGGCAGAACAACGUUGCACAGUACGAACGGAGACGUCGGAUCACAGUGUCCCGGCUAAUGUGUCGAUUGUGUAAAUGA